ACCAAGCGCUCCGUUGCUGUAUCCGGUUGUUUUGUAUUUUUCUGUUGGGAGCCUUGGGAUUUCAUCUUUUGUCAUUUUAAAAUGAUGUGUUAUUUCCUCUGAUAGAGCUGUAAGGUGAAACGCUGUCUGUUUCUGCCUCCUGAAGGUCUGUUGGGAGAAGCUGCCAUGUUCAACCCCAGUGAACUGGAAGGUGAAGUGGAUCACUCAUUUUUUGACAGUGAUUGUGAUGAGGGCAGAGAAGAUGGAAGAGAAAAGAAAGAAGGAAAGCAGAGCUCCAAAACACCCGAGCAGUUACCUUCAAAACAUACCCAAGAUGCAGGUAUGGCUCCGUCCUCAACGACAGAAAGGACGAGGAGACACAUUGACAGUGAGGAUGAGUCCAAGCUGUGCUCUAAAGGGCCCAGUGGAACCUUGUUGGCUUUGAUGGCUGAAGAACUAGAGAUGGAUUGUGUCCACACUCCAAUGACAAAUAAAACAGAAGAAAAAGCCUUAGCUAUGAGUGACGGCCUUAAAAGGAGCAGAGAGAAAUCUGCUGGAAAACCAUCACAUAACCUUCAUCCAUCUCUCACUUUGGCUGAUGCGGAUGCAGACUCUGAGAGCUCCUGUAGCAGUCAGAGGUCCCCCACCCUGCCCAAAACCACCAAGUCAUCUUUACGUCAUGGACUAAGAAGGACCAGAGUGGGCUCAGCAGGAUCUCGGGAUUUGCCCGCUGUAAGUACAGAUGAGUCAGACGACACAGUGACGGAUGUGAGCCCCCUCUCCUCACCUGAUAUCAGCCCUCCCCGGUCUCAUCUGAACCACACCGAGGAGGGGGGAAGCAAUGAAGAGGAGCAGGAGAGGGUGCCCUCCAGUGACCUCAGCAGCAUCCAUCAGGAGGAGCCUUCACACCAGGAAAUGGAUGAAAGCUCCUCCUUCAGUUUAGAAAGUCUGCUUGAGCACAAACUGGUCAUCAACUGUCCUGGAGGGAGGAACAGGAAGAACUACUCGUUUACCAACGAUGAGGUUACGCGCAUAGAUCGAGAGAAUCAACGACUUCUUCGGGAGCUUUCUCGGCUGUCUCCGGCUCCCAGGUGGAGGAAAGCAGCGGGGCAGAAAGCCUGCAUGUCCACCAGCUCCCCUCUGAUCCACGCCUCUCACAGCGCCCUGAACAGGCAGCGAGAACAGCGACGCAUCGAGCGGGAGAACCUGGCUUUCCUGAAGAGACUGGAGCGGGUGAAGUCCACGCCGGGCCUGAGGCGGUCAGAGCAGCUGGCAGACUAUCAGCGCUACACCGGAUACCUGGGCGCUCCGUCAGGUCCGCUCUACAGAACCAGCGUGAAAAGACAGAGACGGAGCGGGACGACGUCCUCAGGAUUCACAGAUCCCAGACCAGUCAGCUCCAGAGCAGCUUUCACCAACACAGAGUCCAGCAGCACACCUGGACCCAGGUCCAAACAGCUGAGCGCAGCCCGACCCACCUGGUGCUGAGAGAAUAAACCCAGACCCAGUUUCUGUCAC